UCAAUCAGUUGAGUGAGUUCAGUAUUUCCAUUUUGGUGGCAGGAAAGAGUUGGCUAAAGUGUUGUUUUUCCAGUCUUAAUUUGUGUCAAAAGUUUCCCAAACCAUUCUUAAAAGCUCAGUUAACAAUUCGGAAUCAAACUAGACGUAAAUAAUCGCGAAAGUAAUGGUCAAAUGCUAUUGAGAAAACCGCUUUACCAUGUCGUCCUCCAACUCGGCAAUGGACGUUGAUGGGGCCCCUGGAAAUGCCCCAGGUCCCUUAAAAAGGUGUUCCAGCGCUCCGAUGAUUAAUGAGGUCACUAGUUCCACGAUGACUGCCACCAGUUCUAGCAGCUCUACUCCCAGCAAUCCUACCAGCUUUGCUAAUAUAUUUGGAUUUGCUAACUCAACAAGAAACCGCCGUCACAGCACAAGUUUCAGCCAAGUUCCUGGUUCACCAGUGUCAGGCUUAAGAAGAAUUCAUCAACUUCGCCAAGAAGAGCAAGAGGUAACCUCAAACUCCAGAGAGCUAGCACAUGAAAAAGAAAUCCAUAGUGCUAUGCAAAUAUCACACUCAUGUGAAGAUCUGACUUUAAUGCCCGAUUCCUCGUCUGGAGGAGAGCAUAAGGGAAACAGAAUGGGGCCAAUACAUGUUAACUUACCACCAAAUAGUUUUAUGUGCAAUUCACCAUCUCCUACUAGGGGUUAUGGCUUUCAGAGCCCCACUAGGUGCAAAACCAGUUUUAUACGGCGAAGUGAGAGCCCUGUAUUGCGCCCAAGUACUUUUGGAGGUGCCAAACGUAAAUUGGAUGAGAGGGAUGUAGAUUUUUCGGUCAGUCCAAGACCUAAGAGGGUAUAUAGUUAUUCAUCUAGUGACAGUAGGGGAUUAUUAACUACUACGUCCAAUUCUUUACCAGGUUCACUGAGUUCAGUAGGAACACCUGAAAGCCUUUCAAGCGCAGAUUCUCCAGGAUUUGCCUUUAGGACAGUUGAUAGUCCUUCCCCAACGUUACAAGGGGUGGGAGUAGGUGAAGGAAAGGGAGGUGACCAUGACAUGGCUGAGAGUCCUAGUUAAAUUAUGAGAUUUAGGCAGGUAGAAUAUUUUUUCAAGAAUUAAUCAAUGGAGUGGAAAGAUUGCUUGAGGUGAUAUAAUUGUUUCUUGUUCCGAAUUAUUUGCAGUUAAGGACUGGUUAUACUGGUGUAUCCUAAUAGUGUUUUGGGAUUAGGUCUUGGAUAAUUUAUAGCCAAUGAUAACUGAGGAGUGUCUUUUCAAAUGGGGAUAUCUACAUCUUAUCUUUUUUUUUUCAGGAAAUCAAAAAAACUGUUAGAACAAAUACGAAAAUAUUUGCGGAUAAGUGGUUUUACUGUUUAGAAAGUACAUAAACCUACUAUUAAAACACAAUGUUCAGAAAAAAAUCAUGCCUUUUAAUUUUGAUGUUAGAAAUUUCCAAAAAUUUGCCUUAAACUAAUUGUAAAUAUCCCCUUUUGUUUUGUUUAUUAUUAGUAAGAAGUAGGAGUUUUUGUUUUAACUACAUUUUAUCAGGAUAAUAAAAAAUGAAGCAGAUCUUUAAUAUUUUUUAUUACAAAUAUCUUAGACGCUAUCAAAAAUAAACAAAACAAAUUCUAGGUCAAAACAACAAAAUAUUAGCGAUCAGAAGUUGAAAAUUUGUUAAACUUUUAUUUCACCUAUAUCAUCUGUAAGACAAUCACACAUAUUUUCCAUUUCGGGGUUUGAUUGUACCUCGGAAGCACUAUUUGGAUCAUCAAUUAUUAAUUUUUUGUACCACUGUAGUUCUUCCAAAUUAAACCACUCAUCACCAAACUGUUUGUUCGGCAAGUUUUUUAUGUUUUUUUUUAUUUUCGCUUAAUGAACGGUGCCUCUUUCCCUUUUUAAGAAUUGUUACAGGUUUUUCCAACGGAUUCUCAAAUCUAUAGUUCUCAUAGCAUUUUAAAUCAACGGUGUAACUCGAACCUUUUUUUUUAUAAAAAUCAUUCGUUUAAAUUUCUGGAUACCAUCCACUUUUUUAUAAUAUUCCUCCAAGCUUUUUACUUCUUUUAGAAUCCAAUCGUGCCCCAAUAAUCUUAGUGUGCCAAAUUUUUUGAAAAUGUCAUUACAGUAGAAUUUCUCUUAACCGGUCACCUCGGGACUGCAUACCUGGCCGGUUAAUCCGAAGUGUACUUAUACAGGGUGAUUUUUAAGUUGAUACUUUUUUUUUAACCGUGUAUAGAACUCGGUAAAAUAAACAUUUUUUUCAAAUAACUUUAUUCAAAAAACCGAAAAAUAAAAAAAUUGCAUUCCCAAAAUGUUAUAAAAUGAGUCCAAUACGGUCCUCUCUAAUUUAAAUAAGUUGUUCAAAGUUGUCACCAUUAACUUCAACACAACGAUUUGCUCGACGUAACCACUGUUCCGUAACGGCACGCAAUAGACACAUCGGUUUUUGUCUAACUGUUGCCGCAGCCUGCUCAAUACGUGCUAUUAGUUCUUCUUGUGUGUCGAUAGGCGUCUUGAAAACUAAACUUUUCAUAUACCCCCACAAAAAAAAAGUCACAUGGAUUUAGGUCUGGCGACCUUGGUGGCCAUGCAACUGGUCCAUUUCGGCCAAUCCAUCGAUUUGGGUAACUUAUAUCCAAAAAUUCACUUCUCGCCUAAAAUGGGCAGGUGCUCCAUCCUGCAGGAGUCACAUGGCUUGCCUGAUAUUCAGUGGCACGUCUUCUAACAGAACAGGCAGAUUAUUUUGCAAAAAGUCCAAAUAAACAUCGCCCGUCAAACGGUCUGGUAAGAUAAAUGGUCCAACAAGUAUCCCAUUCACAAUUCCUGCCCACACAUUAGCAGAAAAGCGGUGUUGAAAAUUGGUUCUGCGAAUUGCAUGGGGAUUAUCAACAGACCAAACAUGCGUAUUUCGAAAAUUGUUAAUUCCGUUUCGGGUGAAUGUUGCCUCGUCCAUGGCUAAAAUUUUGUUCGAAAAAUGUUGAUCAUUUUCAUGUUGUUGUAGGAACCAUUCACAAAACUGAACUCUGCGGGGGAAGUCUUCAGGCAGUAGUGCUUGGACACGUUGAACGUGAAAGGGAUUAAAUUGAUUCUCGCGCAAUGUUGUCCAUAAUUUUGUUUGACUUAAUCCGACCUGCCCUGCAACAACUCGAGUACUUGUUGUUGGAUCUUCUUCAAUGAGAUUUAAAAUUUGUUCUUCCCUAUGAACAUUUUCAGGUCUCCUUCCUCUUCCUGCAUGCCCUCCACGAUGUUCCCGUAAAUCGCAAGUAUCCCUAGCCCGUUGAAUAAGAUUUAUGAAACUUCUGGGUGUAGGAUGAUUCCGCAAAGGAAAGCGGUCUGCGUAUAAUACCGAAGCAGCAGCAGCACUUUGAAGACACUCUCCAUAAAUAUGCAACAUAUUCACAAGUUCAUUGUUUUCAUAACGAUGUGCCAUUUUUAGGAUUUGCAAAUUUAAAAUUAACAACAAUAAACCAAAAGUGUUAAACAACUGAUCGGUAUAAUGCGUGAUCGAUAAUACAAAAAUUCGAGCAAAAACUAAACAUAAACAGACGAUGAAGAACAAACCCAUAUUCACUUUUUUUAUUCUGUAUGUCCCUUGUUUUUGAGUGUAUCGAAAAAAGUUAUUUGAAAAAAAUGUUUAUUUUAACGAAUUCUAUACACAGUUAAAAAAAAAGUAUCAACUUAAAAGUCACCCUGUAUAUGUGUACAUAAUACAUAUUAUAUUAUGUUCAUUAUCUAUGUUAUGUACAUAUUAUGUAUUGAAGAAAAUAUUACACAUAUAUAUGAACAUAAUAAAUAAUGGAGAAAUAUUCUUUAUAUAGUUAUGUAUUUCAUAUUCACAUACAUGAAGGUGCUACAUCAACAAAUAUACAUACACUACCGGACAAAAGUGGAGAAACAAAGUGUCUUUUGUAUUUAUUUUUAUAUUAGUGUAUUUGAUCAUUAAUUUUUUAUUUAUUUUUUAUACACAAUGUAUUAGUUAGUUAUACAUACAAAGACUAAUAAUGUGUAGCAAAACCCUUAUUUUUUAUAACUUCAACACACCCCGACUUCGCAUAGAGUUCAUUAGGCUGUCAAUAUAAUCUGCUGAAAUGGAAUUCCACUCGUCUUGAAGAGCUGUGAACAAAUCAUCCUGGUUUCUAAAUUUAUCUUUAUUUUUUUGUCUGAUUUUCCUAUUUAAAGGGUCCCAUAGGUUUUCUAUCGGGUUUAGAUCCGGACUUUGUGCGGGCCAUUUCAUAAGGGGCACAUUGUUGUCUUCAAACCAUUUCUUUAGUAGGGGAAAGUUGGCUAAAACGGGAUACCUAAAGUGCUUUAACCCAUUACUUACUAACUAUGCUAAUGAUAUCCAUAAUUUUUUACCUGGAACUUCCUCAUUGACUCUCUUUUAUGGUUAACUAUUGUUAUUCUUCAUUAUCUUGAUUAUAACAUAGAAAAAAAUAUAUUUUUAAAAAAAUGUAAAGUAUCCCGUUUUGCCCACCUGGUCGGGCAAAAUGGGAUGGUGUUUAAAAAUAAUUAAAAAAUCAUAUUAAUCGUUAAUUUUAAUUUAAUGAAGUUAAAAACAGAACAAAAUAGGUGUCUUAUAAAAUCCUUAAAAGUAAAUAAACAUUAAAAUUACUAAUUUAGCCAUGACAAAAAUCGCAUGAGUACGGCCCAUCAUCAGUCUCCACUCCGGCGCAAGCUUCGUGAGCCCAAUGUCGACAGUCCUGACACAUAACCCAACCGUCGUCAGCUUUAGAUUUCGAGUAUAGCUCUGUACAGUAAAUGCAACUUUCAUCAUUUUCUUCCUCUUCCUCUGAACUGCUGUCAAUUUUCUUUUUUUCUAUCAUUUGUUUUUUUUUGCUUGUUGACAGGUUUAUUAUUUUUAUUUUUUCCUUUAUUAUUCUUUACUUUUUGAUUUUCUUCUAGGUUUAGUUUGGGUUUCUUAAUGGGCUUCUUUUCCAUAGAUAUUUCCAGUUCUUCUUUGUACGGUGUUGAAGUUAGCAGAGCCGUUUUUCCUCUUCUCCUGUCAUUAGCAUUUACUUUUCUUUCGGCGUGAGGAAUUGGAACUAUUUGUUCAGGUGUUACUUGAAAAUUGGUGGUAGUGUACGAACAUGAGGGAGUCGCAUUUCCAUAAAAGUUUCUGCAGGAAAUAGGAGAAGGGAUAUUCUGCAAUGUUUCCUUAUCCGCAAGCGGUUGGCGAGGUUUCUCUGGUGUUGAAGAAUCUGGUCUGAUCUGAUCUGGCGAUGUUCUUGGAGAAUUCUCAAUAUUUUCCAUGUCACACCCUAUUUCUUCUUCCUUUGUAACUUGGUCUUGUGGAGUUGGUGAUGGUGUACGUACUGAAGGGCGCCUAUUUUCUUCGAUCGGAACUGCAAGAUUGUGCACAGGUGUAUCUGUAGUUUCAGCUGGCUCAAACAUCCAGUCUUCAAAGAUUUCUGGAUUAAAAGGUUGAAUGCCUGUUUUUCUAAACCCAUUUACAGCUGUUUGGAUGCUACCAGCUUUCAUGUAUGCGCUUCCGAAAAGCUUACCAAUUUGGGUUAUCGUAACUGGCCGACCUGGGUGUUGUUGCAUCCAUUUUUGAACCUCUGACGUAUAAAAUGUACUAACCGGUGACAUAAAACUAAUGUCUAGUGGUUGUAACCGGUGUGUUGUAUGCGGUGGGAAGCAUAGCAUUAUUACACCGCAUUCUCUAGCUCUUCUUAUUACAUCAAUAUUUUUUGUGUGGGUUGUAUGUCCGUCUAACAGUAACAGGACAGGUUGUUCUGUAGAGGCCUUUAAAAAGUCAAUAAAUUGAUUAAACCACUUUAAAAAUAUGUCUUUUUGCAUCCAGCCUGAUGAAUGAAAAAAGGCUGUACCACCAGGAGGAGCAUCAUCUAGCAGCUCUGGUUUUGCUUGGGAAAAUAAAGGCAGGCGGCAUAAAUAUACCAGUGGCACUCAUGCAAAUUUCCACCGUAACCAGAACACCGCGUUCAGCGGAAGAUAUGCAGCCAACUUGCCUCUUCCCACGCAGCGAUAAGCAUUUGGAUCUUUUCUUUGGCACUGUCAUUAUACCUGUUUCAUCGACAUUGUAAAUCCGCCCAGGCGGUAUUUUAUAUUUUUCAAGCACGUCAGAAAGUAAAGAGAAAAAAUUUUGUACAGCUGGUCUAUUAAAGCCCAUAGCUCUAGCAAAUGAUGUUGGUUCGGGUGUGCGAAGUUUAACGUUUGGAUGUCUCUCUAGAAAUUUGUAUAACCAAGCUUUACCUGCCAUUUUUUUGUUUUUAUUAAAUUGAUGAGCUAAUCCAUUGCGUUCUGCUAACUGAAAAGCCAAACUUCGGAGGUCACUUAAAGUAAAUCCAAAAAGUCUUGAUUCCAUAUGCAAAAUGUGUUGCACCAAUUCUGCUUCUUGCUCCUCAGAAAAAACUGGUCUGUGACGCCCUAGUCCUUUUUUCGCCGAAUUUUCUCGUUCAACAGUCCCUUUUUUAAUUUUAUCAACUCUGGCUGCAAUUGUUGUUCGUGGUACCCCAAAUUCCUUUGAAGCCUUAAGGUAACCCAUUCUUCCUUCGAGAACCUCUUCUAUGGCUUGUUGCAUACAUUCCUCAUCCCACUGUCGAUUAGUUUUUCUUUUAUAUUUGCCCAUUGUAAGCCUAAAAAAAAUAAACACUCAUUAUAUAAAAAUCUCACUCUGUCUUUUUAGCAGUUGGGUAAUAUUUUUUUGUUUAAAAUCUAUUUAAUUUUGUAGGAAUUUUGUAAGAGGCAUCUGAAAAUAGAUACAAGCUAAUAAAAGUAAAUAAAUAGGUUAAUAUUAAAAUGUAAAGCCUAAAAAAUAAAUACCAAGCUAAGCCAUAAUAAAUUUAAAUAAAUAAAAUUUAGGCUGUAUAGAACUUUUAUUCAAUAACAGCAUAUUGAUUAAAAUUAUUAUCAGCAAUUUAGCCUCUGUCAUAGAAUAAAUAUAUCAUGCCUAUAUAUGGCGUUGGGUAAACGGGUAAAACGGUCCCGUUUUACCCACCUCCCAGGUAUCCAUUUUACCCAACUGCACAUGAUUAAAAUUUUUUCUAAAUUUCCACAACAACAACAAAAAUUAUAGCAUUCACUUAUCUCUCAAAAUACAGCCAAUGACCCAUAGAAUCAUAAAAAAUACUCACCCUUAUUUAACUUCCGGCUUUAAUCUGACAAAAUCGUAACAAAACUCUACAAAACAAAAUACCUUAACCUUGCUUUAUUAAAGUGUCAAUUGUCACUCACCGCAAUGACAGAAUUAAUAAGAAUCUCCACUUGCUAUAUUUCGGCAGACGUUAUAAGUGGCACUUACCUUUCUCGAUUCUUCUAUUACUGUGCCCAUACACCAUACACCACGUCUAGACCACACGGUUUUUCUAUUUGGACUGUGUCUGAAGGGGUUGAGACUCCACGUUGAAGGGUUUCUUGUCCACGAUGGAAAGCACUUAUCAACGGACACAAUCCUACCGACUGCGCCAAUUAUAUAUUUUGUGGUGGAAUUCUUAUUUUUUAAAUUUGUAUUAUAAUUGAAUAUACAGAGUGACAUGAUGUACUUAGACUACAGAUAUAAAGAAUGAGCUAAAAACUACGAUUACAUAUAUUUAUAAUAUAUAAAAGCUGAUCUAGCAAAAUAGAGGUGACCGAUGAAUAAGUGUAUAUACUGGGCGUUUUUGACUAUAUAAUUCACUACAAUCACACGUUUUUUCUUUGAAAAUAAGUGAGUGGCUAAAAGCACAGUAUCGUGCCUCUGACUGCAACAUUAUAGAUACGUAAAUGACAGUUGGAAUGCAAGACCGCACUGCCUAGAACGUAGGACCUAUAAGCCCCUCAUUAAAUAUAAUCUGUUCUUUUUUACAUAAUUAGUUUAAAGUAUAAUAAAAUUUAAACCAAACAUGUAAACAAUGAAAUGUAAAUAUUAAUUUAUGUAAAUAUCACCUUUUGAGAAAAAUCAAAAUAGUAAAUCCCCUUUUGAGAAGAACACAAUUUUUUCAAAGUAAUUUACUAAGGAUAUAUCACGUUUUGUUUCGGUUUAUGAUAGUCAAAAUAUGAAUUUUAGCACAGAUAAACGGAUUCAAGACUUAGUAUAGUGACUUUUGUUAUAGAGUAUAACAAAACCCAAAAAUGUGAAUAUCCUCUUUUGAAAAGACACUCCUCAACUGGCUUAAUUAUUUUAAAAUUGAAUAACACUAAAUGAGGGGUAAUUUCUGUUUAUUAAUUUUUAAGACAACAUGAGGCCAAAAAUGUUUAGAUAUAUUGUAAAUGGUUUUCUUAGAAUUUAAGUUGUAAAUAAAGUGGUAGUAAAUGUAAGUGUUUGUUGCCAUAUUAAAUUAUUUUUAUUUAAAUAAAUGUUUAGUGAACCUCCCAGGUUUUAUUAAAAGUUAAAAAAAUAGCUUGUUAUUAAUUCUUAAUUGAAAUUGGUUUGCUAAAUGAGUAUUAUUUAAUAUUGAGCUAUAUGUUUAUAACCUGUCCAAAGAGUCACGGUCAUAAUAUAUCUUUAACUCAUAAUCCAAGGUGUCAUAAAUGGAUAAAAACCAACUAGGGACUGGAUUUUAUAUUAGCGCUUAGCUGGGAGUGUGAUCUGACCAACAGUCAACAAAUUAUUUGUAUCACUGUAUAAGAUAAAUUAUCUAGGCUUACAUUUUCCAAUAUAUUAUUUUACCUAGUAGGUAAGUAAAUUAAUAUUUAGGGUUGCUAUUUGUACUUAUCCAUAUCAACUCAAUAUUUAGAAUAGGAUCAUAGUAGUGGACUCUUGAUUGAUUUUGAUUUAUUUUUUAGUGUUUGUAUAGUUUUGUAAAUAAACUUGUAAAUAUCAACUUUGUACAAUUUCAUACAUUGAUACUUUGUUUUGUGCCAAAUAUACAGGUUGAAUAGUGAAAUAUAAUCAUAAUAAAAGGAACUUUUUAUUAUGAUUCAUCCAGCAUAUUUUGGUAUAGUAAAUGACUCCUAGAAUAAUUAACCAAAUAGUGCAGAAUAGUUUAAUACACACAACCAAUUAUUGUUUUACUGAUGUUAUCGAUCUUUCAAUGAUUCUGUUAAAUAUUCUUAAUAAACGUUUUGUAAAAAUAAUAAUUAGCCGUAAGUACUGAUUUGUUUACAAAAAUUAAAACAAUUACCAAUAUAAGCUUUAACUUUGGGUUAUUUUCAAUAAAAAAAAUCGGAUAUUUCAAUUUGCGAAAAAAAAGAGAUUUUGUUGCAAUUGCGGGGUAAAUCUGUUAUUUUUUAGAAAAUGGAUGCAAAAAAACCUGAAUACGCCAUCGAGUUCUGUGUUAAAAUAUUUAUAAGAAUCAGUUUUUUUAGUUUCUAUUAACUUUAAAAAUAAUGGAAUUACUCCAUAAUGACAAGGAAAUCUGGACACCAUGUGGGAAUAAAAAAAACAGUAACCAAUAAUCAAAUAUAGACUUCCUCGAUAUCAAAUAUAAAGCCAAUUGUUAAUUUUUUGUCCAAAAUUGUUUGAAUAAAUAUUGUAAUAUAUCAAUGUUCUACAUAAUUUACACAUAA